UGCGUGGGAUCACAUCAUGUCUGAAGUACAGGGAACACUGGAGUUUUCUGUGGAGUUGCACAAGUUUCACAACGUGGAUCUCUUUCAAAGAGGGUUCUACCAGGUACGCGCCGGAGUGAAGGUCUCCCCCCGAGUGCCCCACAGGGUGAUAGUGACAACGCAAGACAACACAGGAGGAUGCAGCGCCGGCUCCACGGCGGUCCACGACGGCACCGCGCUCAGCCGCACAUUUCAGAUCCUCUACAGGAACGAGGAGAUCACCGUGAACGACUGGUUGAUCUUCAAGGUCCACCUGCUGUUAGACGGAGAGCGGGUGGAGGAAGCCCUGAGCGAGGUGGACUUCCAGCUGAAGCUGGACCUUCAUUUCACCGACAACGAGCAACAGCUGGCCGAGAUAGCCACCGUCCCGUUGAUCAGCAGCCGGACCCUCAGCCUCCACUUCCACCCGCGCCGAGGCCUCCACCACCACGUCCCCGUGAUGUUCGACUACUUCCACCUGUCCGUCAUCUCGGUGUCCGUGCACGCCUCACUGGUCGCCUUACACCAGCCGCUGAUCAGCUUUGCGCGUACAGGGAAGGGCUCCUGGCUGGGGAAGGGCUCGCCGGAGAGCCCCAGCGACCCAUCUGCCAUGUCGGUGGAGAACCUGGUGUUCGGAGCCGGCUACUGCAAGCCGGUGGUCUCUGAGGGGAGCUUUUAUCUGCCCAGUGAGAACUGCCUGCAGAGAGCUCACACGUGGCACCGGCGGCUGUGUCGCCUCCUGCUGGUCGCUCACAGAGGGCUGCACACCUACCACUCGGCCCUGAGGAGGGAGAUCCCUCAGCUGCAGCAGACGCCGCUGGCCUCAGAGGCGCUGCCUGUGGACGAAACUCUGAAUCAGCUCACAACAGAGUUACAGCGACAGGAGGGCCAUGAGAGCGUGGCGGAGCAGAUCAGCAGGGACGUGAGCCAGCUCUGCUCCCAGCUGGCUUCUCUGUGGAGCCACUUCCUGGAGGCCGCUGUUCUCAACCCUCACAUCCUCUCCUACCUGGCCCAGGAGCACCACACACUCAGGGUGCGGAGGUUUUCAGAGGCGUACUUCUUCACCGAACACCAUAAGGAAAUAUCUUUGACUUUUCAAGAAGAACUAAUCAACAGACAUGGCCAGAUAGCUGCGGAAGUGCGGAGCUCAGACUACCUGACCAAGAUGCCUCCUUUACCUGUUGAGUGCCUGGACAUCGAUGGAGACUGGAACAGCCUGCCCAUCAUCUUUGAGGACAGAUAUGUGGAGUCCCCUCAAACAGAUGUGAUAUCACACGUGCCAACCACUGAUCGGCAGACCAAGUCAGAUCCUGCUGUGUCGCAUGUGAACGGGAUUUUUGAGAGCUGCCAGGGAGCCAGAUCACCAGCAAAUCACCACAACCCUUUGGACAGUGAUGAUUACAUGGACCUACCCACAUAUGGCUCACUCACGGCAGAGCAGAGUCAGACCAGUAGCACCAUGGGAACCCGGAGCAUCAUUGGCACCGGGGACAUUGCUGAACCCUCUCGAGCAGAGGCAGAGCACUCGGAAGAACCAGGGGAAAAACAAGGCGGGAUUCAAGACAUCGCCGAUCAGCCUUGUGAUGUGGAUCCUUACAGAGAAGAAACAGUCCUGGUUCUAUCCUCAAACCACAAUCUACUCACUGACUCUAACAACAGCAGUGAUGAGUCUCCUGCUCGUCAUCUACCCGAAAAUACCAUCCGCCUUUGUGAUGCCAUAAAGGACAGCAAUGCAACGGAGAGUGAAAACAACGAGGAGGAGUCCGAUGUUGCGAUGCCAUUAAAUCCCUCCGUGGAUGAUGAGAUCGAGGAUUCUCCCGUCGUCCCUCCCCACGCGCAUCCAGCCACACCUCCUUUUCCCGGUGAUCUCAGAAGAGAGGUGACCCAACGGGGAGGCCUGGUCGGCUCGAAGCUCAUGAAGCGCUCGUCCUCAGUCAUUUCGGACUCGGGCAUUGAGAGCGAGCCCAGCUCGGUGGCCUGGCCCCUGGAGGCCCCGCUGCGAGGCCGACCGCCUCUAGACUUCUCCAGCGAACGGGAGAUCCCGCAGCAAGUAGCGCGUCGCCACCCGGUCCAUCGCAGCUCUCUGGAAGGCCUGCAGAUGGAGAGCAAUGGCAGUGCAGGCAUACAGGCUUCGCUCACUUCUAUUAGCUCGCUGCCCUACGAGGAAGACCAGCAGCAGAGGAAGCUCAGUAAACUGACAAAGUCCGUUUCGGCACCGCAGAUAAGCAGCCCUGAAGACAUAGAGGAGGACCGUGUGCUCCGAAACCCGGAAACGGAUGGUGUGGUGCAACACCAGGAUUCAAUGAAGAUCAACGGCUCAAAACAACCUGAAUCGUCUUUGUUAGACCCGAAUUCAACGCCAAACCUUGGCCAUAUCCUCAAAGCGAAUAUUAGCUCCGAACCGUUAAACUCACCUCAAAACCUGUCAAAGACAUACAGCAUUGAGUCAGGGUUAAAUGGUGCGUCUGAAGUGCUGCUUCUACAAGAGUCUGUAGAGAGCCCUCGUGUGAAGGUAAGCACUGUUAUUGGCAGCCAGCGGGAGAAUCAAACACACAUCAGUGGAUCAGGCACCUCAGAGGAGGAUGUGCAUCUCCUUGAAACAGAAGUGGUGCCUUGCAGCUGUGGAAACACACCAUGUGUGCAUAAAAGUGCAAACGCACAGGAGGGAAUCAACACUGUAAAUGAUUGCCAAAGUUUCCAUCAGACUGAAGUGGUUAGUGUUGAGGGCAAGAAGUGUCUGGAUCACUCCCCGUCACCUCCAGUGCUUCAAUACACCAGUGACCUCCCCAGCAUUACCAUCAAACAGAGGCCGAGCAAUCUCACAGGGCUGAUUGCCAAUGAUAUCGCAUCGCCCGUUGAGAAGGAGCCUUUGGACUGCCAGGCUAAGCCCUCCAAGAUCCCCAACUCAGGGCUGGCCUUCGUCAAUAAAAAGAUGGUGGAGGUGGUGAAUAUGUCCGUCUCCUGUGCCCCGACCUGCCUGCCAUUUUCUUCAGCGCUAAGAGAGUCUCCCUCCGUCAGCGGAAUGUCCGCUCGCCAGGCCACCUCGCCGAUCACCCAUCAGCCCCUGGGCUCCUUCGGUAUCAUCACCUCGUCUUCACUCAAUCCUCUGAGUAUGGACGACGAGACUAACGAACGGAUGCUAAAUUUCUACAAAGCCAAAGACGAGCUGCUCAAAGAGUGGAGUUUUCAGGCCAGCCUUUACUGCGACCUCCCUGUCCUGGCCUCGGAUCUGCCCUACUUCCCCCCCGAGGAGAACGACGAAGAGUUUGAUGACGGCAUUCACCUUGUGGUGUGUGUACACGGGCUUGAUGGAAACAGCGCAGACCUUCGGCUGGUGAAGACUUUUAUUGAGUUGGGACUGCCAGGGUCGAGACUCGACUUCCUGAUGUCGGAAAGGAACCAGGCCGACACGUUUGCGGAUUUCGACACCAUGACGGACAGGUUGCUGGAUGAAAUCAUUCAGCACAUCCAGCUGUACAACCUCACCGUAGGGCGGAUAAGCUUCAUCGGCCACUCCCUCGGGAACAUCAUCAUCCGCUCCGUGCUGACGAGGCCCCGCUUCCGCUGCUAUUUACCCAAGCUGCACACUUUCCUCUCGCUGUCGGGCCCCCACUUGGGAACGCUGUACAACAGCAGCACACUGGUCAGCACAGGUCUGUGGUUGAUGCAGAAGCUGAAGAAAUCCGGAUCCUUGCUGCAGCUCACCUUCAGAGACCAAGUGGAUCCACGGAAAACCUUCCUCUAUCUCCUGAGUCAGAAACAAGGGCUCCAGUUCUUCAAGAACGUGGUGUUGGUGGCGUCUCCACAGGACCGAUACGUUCCCUUCCACUCUGCCAGAAUAGAGAUGUGCAAAACCGCCCUCAAAGACAGGACCACAGGGCCCGUUUACACCGAGAUGAUCAAGAACCUUCUGCGGCCUCUCGUGGAGGCCAAAGAGUGCCGCCUCAUCCGCCAGAACGUGUUCCACGCUUUGCCCAACACGGCCAACACCUUGAUCGGGCGCGCGGCCCACAUCGCCGUCUUGGACUCUGAGCUUUUCCUGGAGAAGUUCUUCCUGGUGGCAGGGCUCAACUACUUCAAGUGAAGGUGC